CUAUUUACAGGAUUUUUCAAUCCAAGAAUUGGAAUACCUAAUUCUGGGAUCAUUUGAUGGACCAGUUUAUUCCUAAUCUUCGCGACGAAACUGUUCAAGCAGCAGUGAAAAAUUUGCUAACGUACUCAUUAACAAUUAUAAUAGUCCCACUGGGAUCUAUGUUCUUUUUGAAAAAACUCUUUUUUGAAGCGCUGCUUGGUUACGACAAUCAGAAAUCGAUUUUAUAUUCUGCAAUUCUUGCGGUUUUACUUGUUCACAUUUUGCUUUUUUUAUUCGUUUACACAGCUUAUCAGUCAGACGCAAGGCCUGAGAAGGAAGAGUAGCAGCGAUUAUGUUGACAGCAACGAUUUUUCCAAAAUAUCCGAUAUAUUUGGGUUUUGGAAAUGUGCUUGAGCCUCAGCUUUCCUAUCGCUUAUUGUCACAUUAUAUGCCACUGGGUAAAAUUGGUGGUAAACCCGCUUGGUUAAAUCCUGUUAAUCUUCCUGCUAAUAACUCUCUUCUUUGUCGAGUCUGCGAGAAGCCAAUGGUAUUUUUAAUUCAAGUUUAUGCUACAAGUCCCAAUGACCAAGAUUAUUCAUUUCAUCGAACUUUAUUUUUCUUCAUUUGUCGAAAUUCACAGUGUUCACGGAGUAAUGAUGCCAGUAAUGUCCGCGCUUUUCGGUGUACCUUGUCACGAUUCAAUGAUUUCUACGCUUCUGAACAACCCAUUGAUCCUGAUCUAGAAGGUGAUAUCCCGGAUCCGUUCUGGAAACAAACUUAUCCUCAUCUAUGUCAAAUUUGUGGUUGUAGUGCUACAAAGAAAUGUGCCCGUUGUGAAUUUACAUGGUACUGUAGCCGUGAACAUCAGAUAAUUGAUUGGAGUUCGUCACAUAAAAGGGAAUGCUGUAAACAGAGUUCAACUAAUGAACUCCUUUUUGCAGUUCCUGAUAAUGAGGGGAAAGACGAUGAAAAUAGCUGGAUAAAAAGGAAAAGAAGCGUUGCAACAAAUGCCUUUGUUUUCCCGGAAUAUGCAAUAGAAAUGGGUACAGAGCACUUGCCAAGAAACAAUCAUGUUGACAGUGAUGAUGAUGAUGAUGAUGAUGAUGAUGAUGAUGAUGAUGAUGAUGAUGAAAUAGUGACAGUGAUGAAGGUAGUGCCGAGAAACGCAUGGAAGAAUACAGACAAUAUAUGAAAAAACAUAAGACCCCGUGUGAUUCUGGUAACGGUGACUUGGAGGAUUUAGAAGAUUUUGUUGAUAAAGACAUUGCUUUCAAACACUUUAAUAAGGUAGUAGCGUUGAAUCCUGAGCAAGUAUUGCGUUAUAGCCGUGGUGGUGAACCGUUGCUGGCAACUGAUUAUGCACCACCACCUGAAGCAAUUCCACCGUGUUCGCUAUGUGGAUCGGAGCGCCAAUUUGAGCUUCAGCUUAUGCCCCAUCUUUUGACACUUAUUGGCGUUGAUGAUCUCGGCAAAAGUAUUGAUUGGGCUACAUUGAUACUAUAUACAUGUACGCAGAACUGUCAUGUGCCCAAUGAUGGCUACGCUGAGGAAUAUGUUCAUAAACAAGAUUUUCACUGAAUAUAUAGAGAUAUGAGAGGAAAAUGCUGGAGUUUUCCCCCCAGUAAAAAAAGUGCUACCGAACUUUUGAAGUUUGAAAUUUUGAAUGUUCAUGAAACUUGUGAAAAAUCACACCUCUUGCAUUUAUUAAUCAGAGUUUCCUAUCACUUUAUUUCCUGCUCCUUUUUAUGUUCGAGACAUUUCAAAUUUACUGUGUGAGCGUAAGAUGGUGAAGCAAUGAAAGCGUGCUGAUGGAAUCGCCUUGCUUUCCUUCCUCCACUCUUCC